AAAUUUGAGCCAAACGACGCGGGGUGAUCAAUUCAAAAGCUCAUCAGUUUUAUAUAGACGUUUUCGAACUCCAAGCUCAUCAAAACAAAUUCUUUCCACAACAACUUUGACACGCACGACUUACACAUUUUCGAAUCACAGCCACCAUGGCAGAUGAAGCACCGACCGAACAGGUCGCAAACUUGCACCUGGAUGAAGUUACUGGAGAGAAAGUGUCUAAGUCAGAAUUGAAGAAGCGACAGAAGCAACGCGAACGCGAUGCUAAGAAGCAAGAGAAGGCUGCUGCUGCACCCCCCAAGGCUGCGAAGAAGACGAACGCCGAAGCUGACGAGAAGGAAUUGACUCCUAACCAAUACUUCGAGAUUCGAUCUCGCGCUAUUACCAAGCUCAUCGAUAGCCAUGAUCCUUAUCCCUACCCCCAUAAGUUCAACCGUGACUACGACCUAAAUAACCUAGCCAAGGAGUAUGGUCACCUCAAGUCUGGCGAACAUGACAAGACCAAGGUGCUGCAAGUCGCUGGCAGAAUAUACAACAAGCGCGCGUCGGGUAGCAAGCUUCUCUUUUACGACAUUCGAGGUAACAAUGGCUUCAAGGCCCAGAUUAUGUGUCAAGCCCAAGAAGUUCGCGAUGGUGCACCUUCGUUCGAGAAGCAACAUGACCACAUUCGACGUGGUGACAUCAUCGGAGUCGUCGGCUACGCGGGACGAACUGCCCCUAAGACCAAGAUUGAGAAGGGUGAGGAGGGAGAACUCUCCAUCUUCGCGACUGAGGUCAUCCUGCUGUCUCCUUGUCUUCACCAACUACCCGACGAAUAUUAUGGUUUCAAGGACCAAGAGCAACGCCAUCGCAAGCGAUACCUUGACCUUAUCAUGAACCCUAAGACCGCCAACACCUACCGCACUCGCACUAAGAUCAUCAAGUACAUCCGCCGUUACCUCGACGAUGCUGGAUUUGAAGAGGUUGAGACGCCCAUUCUCAACAUGAUUGCUGGUGGCGCUACCGCCAAGCCAUUCGAGUCUCACCUUAACGACUAUAACAUGGACGUAUUCUUGCGCAUUGCUCCCGAAUUAGCCCUCAAGAUGUUGAUAGUCGGAGAGUACGACAAGGUGUACGAGAUUGGUCGCCUAUUCCGAAAUGAAGGCGCGGAUUUAACCCAUAACCCAGAAUUCACCACUUGCGAGUUCUACGAAGCCUAUGCUGACUUCAAUGACCUGAUGCACCGGACUGAGGAGCUCGUUUCCGGUCUUGUCAAGCAUCUUACUGGAAGUUACACAACCACGUUCACUACACAGCAUGGUGAGACGUACACAGUGAACUGGGAGGCGCCAUGGCGACGAGUGGAGAUGAUUCCUGCUCUCGAGGAAGCGACAGGAGAGAAGUUCCCUCCUGGUGACCAGCUUCACACCGAUGAGACGAGAGAGUGGCUCAAGGGAGUCAUGAAGAAGGUUAAUGUUGUCUGCCCCGAGCCCCAGACGACUGCACGAAUGCUCGACCGAUUGACAGGUGAAUUCAUUGAGGAGACUGCUGUCAAUCCUACCUUCAUCACUGAACACCCCAAGAUCAUGUCACCCCUAGCCAAGGACCACCGUAACAAGCCUGGUCUAACUGAGCGAUUCGAGGCCUUCGUCUGCAAGAAGGAGAUUGCGAACGCUUACACCGAGUUAAACCAACCGUUCGAGCAGCGACUCCGCUUCGAGGAGCAGGCGAACCAGAAGGCCCAGGGUGAUGACGAGGCUCAGAUGAUUGACGAGACGUUCCUCAACGCCCUCGAGUACGGUCUACCCCCCACCGCCGGCUGGGGUCUAGGUAUCGACCGACUGGUCAUGUUCUUGACCAACAACUACAGCAUUAAGGAAGUGCUGCUAUUCCCCUUCAUGAACCCGGAACAGAAGAAGGAUAAGGUCCCCGCCGACGGGGCAGAGGAGCCGCAAGUACAUUUGGAGGGAAUUCCCCACAAAUAGAUACGGACACCUUUAGCCUUUGUUAGGACGGAAUCCUGUUUUGGUUGGAGGGAUAUUUAUUGCAUAUGGUCUACGGCGUUGGUACAGUAGUCCCCGAGAUCCCGGUCGACGGCAUGGCAUGGUAUAUCAUGUCAUGUUGUUAUGUCAUGUUGUUAUGUCAUGCUCUGCUACUAUUAGUAUAGCACCAUACACAGGACGGGAUAAAAACAAGAAUUCAUGAGAAGUGAU